AUGAGUAUGGCUCAUGCAGAAAAGCCUGCAAAGACAGGCUUCAUAAUUAAGCUAUCUAAUGAAACAGUACAGAAAUUAGCCGAAGAAGAGCAGAAAGUUGUUAAACAAAUAAAAGAAAAUAUAAGUACAUCAAAUGAAAAAGUCGAACAUAAAAGUAAAGGGAACAAUGAAGACAUAAAAGAUAAAGUGAUACUAUCAAAUGAGACGUCCAAGUCCACAACAGAUACAUUAACUGCGAAUAAUAACAGUAAAGACGUUUGUAAACAGCAAGAAAGUUCAUCAAGUAAAAAAUCUACAGAAGAACUUUAUGGUGAUUAUGCUCCAUAUAUUACAUAUGAAGGAGACGAAGCAAUUUAUACUGAUCCAACAACACAACAAAAGUACAUAUGGAGCAAGGAAAGUAAUUCAUGGUCGCCUAAAUUAGGAGAUGUACCUGGAAGGACCUAUAGCUAUGAAAAUGACACUCACGUUUAUACAGAAGCUGAUGGCUCCAAAUCCUUUUGGGACGAGGAGAAAAAAGCAUGGAUACCUAAAGUUGAUGAUGAUUUCUUAGCUUUCUAUCAAAUGUCAUAUGGUUUUGUUGAUAAUUCUUCUAAAGAAGAAUCUAAAAUAGAUAAAAAGAAGGAAGAUGAGAAAAAGGUAGAAACUGGUGUAAAACGAAAAAAUGAGCCACAAUGGUUUGAACAGACCGAUGAGAAAAACACCAAAGUGUAUGUAUCUAAUUUACCAUUAGAUAUAACGGAGGAAGAGUUUGUUAAUUUCAUGCAAAAGUGUGGUCUGGUUGAACGAGAUCCUAAUUCACAAAAAAUGAAGGUUAAACUUUAUAUGGAUAAAGAACAGAAAUGCUUUAAGGGUGAUGCUUUGUGUACAUAUAUUAAAAUUGAAUCAGUUGAUUUAGCAUUAAAAUUACUUGAUGGAAGCGAUUAUAAAGGAAAUAAAAUCAAAGUAGAAAGAGCACAUUUCCAAAUGAAAGGUGACUACAACCCUGCACUUAAGCCUAAGAAAAAGAAGAAAAAAGAGCUUGAAAAAUUAAAGAAAAUGCAACAGAAGUUGUUUGACUGGCGACCGGAAAAGUUUAUAGGUGAGAGAUCUAAACAUGAAAAAGUGGUUAUUGUUAAAAACUUGUUCCAUCCUUCAGAUUUUGAUAAUGAAGUGCAGUUGAUUUUGGAUUACCAACAGGACUUGAGAGAGGAAUGUAGCAAAUGUGGAGAGGUAAAGAAAGUUGUAAUGUAUGAUAGACACCCUGAAGGAGUUGCUCAGAUUUCUAUGAAAGAUCCAGAACAAGCGGAUGCAGUAAUUCAACUAAUCAACGGUAGAUGGUUUGGUAAACGUCAAAUUACAGCAGAAACUUGGGAUGGCCGAACAAAAUAUAGAAUAGCUGAAACAGAUGCAGAUUUAAAUCAAAGAAUCAACAAAUGGGAUAAAUUUUUAGACCAAGAAGAUGGAAAAGGGAAAAAACAGGUCAGUGAUGCUAAUAAGAGUGCUGAGGAAACAGACACAAAAAAGGAUGAUGAUCAGAAUGUCCAAGAAGACACUGGCAGUAAAACUAGUACA